GAGUGACGGCACGGCCGUCGCCUCUGGCGCGAAUCUCGCUGGUGAGUGCUCCCUCCCGGCGCUGGCGCCGGGGCUGCUCUUCACGCAGGUUGCGGCUGGAGGUGAGCAUACCGUCCUUCUGAAGAGCGACGGCACGGCCGUGGGUUGCGGCGCGAAUCGCUUCGGUCAGUGCUCUAUCCCGUCGCUUCCGGGGGGUCUGUUCUAUACGCAGGUUGCAGCUGGGAGCGAGCACACCGUCCUUCUUCGGAGCGACGGCACGGCCGUGGCGUGCGGCGCGAGUGGUGCGGGCAGGAGCGACGGCACGGCCGUGGCGUGCGGGCGGAAUAGCAGCGGUGAGUGCGACCUCCCGUGGCUGGCGGGUGGCCUGACCUACACGCAGGUCUCCGCUGGUGUUUCGCACACUAUUCUGCUGAGGAGCGACGGCAUGGCUGUGGCCUGUGGCUACAAUCAAUUCGGGCAGUGUGAGCUCCCGGUGCCGGUGGCGGGCCUGACUUACACGCAGGUGGCCGCUGGUUAUGGCCAUAGCGUCCUGCUCAGGAGCGACGGCAGGGCUCUGGAGUGCGGCUGGCAUCGCGUUGGCCAAUGUGGCAUUCCGGCUCUGGCGGAUGGUCUUACCUAUACGCAUGUUGCCGCUGGAUGUCUCCGCACCGUCUUGCUCAGGAGUGACGGUACCGUCGUGGCUGUCGGGCCUAACGCUGCAAUUCAUCCGCUCCCUGCGUUAAUUGGUAACUUGACCUAUGUUGCGCAUCUGUUCCCGUCGGUGCUCUUGCAGGCGUCUCUCGAUGGCAACUCUAUCAGGUUCUUGACCUUCGCGGGUGACUAUCGCGCGACCAUUGCUGCUGCACCCACCGAUCGUCUUGUUGGAGUCUAUGAGCAGUUGCUGGCCGAGCAUCGUGCGGGCAG